AUGGCGGCCACCAUGACUGAUAUCCUCUACUUGCUUCUCUCAUUUCUUUCCGCCAUAUUCGUACUUAAAUUAUUUUUGAGCAACUUAACCAAGCCAACAUCCCAUCCCAAGCUCCCUCCGAGCCCGCCGACGUUACCCUUUAUAGGUCACCUCCACCUCCUCGGGCCAUUCUUUCAUGAAUCAUUGCGAAAUCUAUCCACUAAAUAUGGCCCUAUUUUCAAUCUCCGACUUGGUGUUUCUCAAUGGUGCAUGGUUGUCCAAUCACCCUCUGCAGCAGCAGAGAUAUUCAAAACCCAAGAUCUCUCUUUCGCGCAACACCCAAAAUUAGCUUUCUCCGAUGAAGUCCCAUAUGGCGACAAAGGAUUUUUCAGCGCCCCGUAUGGUAAUUAUUGGCGGUUCAUCAAAAACGUGUGCGUGAAUGAACUGCUCUCACCCCGACAGCUUGAACGGUCACGGGCUCUAAGAGAGGAAGAACUUGAUCGGUUUUUGCAUAAGGUGUUUGAGAGUGCUAAGAAGAGAGAGGUUGUUGAUGUGGGUUCUGAGCUUACGAAACUUACAAAUAACAUUGUCUGCAGGAUGGCCAUGAGCACAAGGUGUUCAGAGAAAAAUGAUGAAGCUGAGAAGAUUAGGGAGUUGGUGAAAGAUAGUUUUGAGGUUGCGUCAAAGAUCUUUAUCGGGGAUGUGUUCGGACCCCUAAAGAGAUUGGCUUUCUGGUUUUACAGAAGGCAGCUUAUAGAUGUUGGUUUGAGGUUCGACGAGAUGCUGGAGAAGAUAUUAAAGCGGCAUGAAGAUCAAAGUUGGAAGAGAGAUCAGAAUGAUCAAGAUUUGAUAGAUAUAUUGUUGAAGGUAUACAGUGAUGACGGGGCGGCUAAGGCCAAGAUGACCCGAAUCCAUCUCAAGGCUUUAUUGCUGGAUAUUUUCAUCGGAAGCACAGGAAACUCAUCAGAGGCCGUUGUAUGGACAUUAGCUGAGCUCAUCAAUCAUCCAAACGUAUUCAGCAAGCUCAGAGAAGAAAUCAAAGCGGUUGUGGACAAUAAUUCCAGGCUAGUUCAAGAAUCAGACGUGGCAAAUCUUCCCUACUUGCAAGCAGUUGUAAAAGAAAUACUAAGACUAUAUCCGCCAUUGCCUGUGACAACAAGAGAAUGCCGCCAAGCUUGUAAAAUACAAGGCUUUGACGUGCCCCAGAAUACUAUGGUGGCAAUCAAUCUGUAUGCUAUAAUGAGAGAUCCAGAAUUAUGGGACAAUCCAAACGAGUUCUGGCCGGAGAGGUUCUUGCAGGCUUCCUCUAAAAACCAACAUGAUAAGAGUGCGGGGGGAGAUGAAAAUCCUAAUUUUCUUGCUUUUGGAGCGGGGAGGAGAGCUUGCCCCGGUGGAAAGUUGGGGUUGGCCAUGAUGCACACUGCAGUGGCAGCCAUGGUUCAAUGCUUUGAUUGGAAAGUUGGAGGAGAUGGAAACGAGGCGGCCAAGGUAAAGAUGGAAGUUCGAAAAGGCGUUUUUAUUCACUUGGCUCAUCCACUCAAAUGCCUUCCCCUGAUUUACUUCAACCCAUUUGCUUCUUCCAUAUAA